ACGUGCAGUGCUGUUGGUAUCGCCUUGCCUAGUAGUGUGGUGCGCGAGUCUUCACAGCGACGCGCGGGCUCAUCACGCGCCGAACCCGAGGAGACGCGCACCGAUUGCGCGGGGAGAGACGCGAGAAGACUGAGAGGAAGAACGGUGCGACGAGUCUUCUUCGUGAAGACUCCUAUGUGUGUCAAAGACUUGAAUCACUUCAUGCAAGUCUUCUAGUGUCCAAUGGUCCUUUGUCUGGUCAACCCAGCACCACCCCUGUUUGCAGUUUACCAACCUUUCACUCCUGCUGGCUAGAAAACAUCAUUAGGGAAAAGCUCCUCUUUCUGCCGGCGGCGCCCCCCGUGCUGUUGAGGCCGUGGUAUGAGCCUCUGUGGCAGGAAGGCGCUGACUUUGCUGAGCAGCGUGUUCGCUGUUUGCGCCCUGGGUCUGUUGGGCAUCGCUGUGAGCACCGACCACUGGCUCUACCUGGAGGAGGGCGUCAUCCUUCCCCUCAACCAGAGCACCGAGGUACGCAUGUCCCUCCACUCGGGCCUCUGGAGGGUUUGCUUCUUGGCUGGGGAGGAUAAAGGCCGGUGUUUCACCAUAGAAUAUGUGAUGCCCACCACCCUCCAGCUGACCUCUGAGUCCACGGUCAGUGUCCUGAAGAUGAUCCGUUCUGCGACACCCUUCCCUCUGGUUAGCCUCUUCUUCAUGUUCAUCGGUUUUGUGCUCAGUAACAUCGGACACAUCCGACCCCAUCGCACCAUCCUGGCCUUCGUUUCUGGAAUCUUCUUCAUCCUGUCAGGUCUCUCUCUGGUGGUCGGUCUGGUGUUGUACAUCUCCAACAUUAAUGACGAAAUGUUGAACAGAACCAGAACUAAUGAGGCCUACUUCAGCUACAAGUACGGCUGGUCCUUUGCCUUUGCUGCCAUCUCCUUCCUGCUCACUGAGGCUGCAGGCGUCAUGUCCGUGUACCUGUUCAUGAAGCGCUACACAGCAGAGGAAAUGUACCGGCCCCAUCAGGGCUUCUACCAGCCUCGCCUCAGCAACUGCUCAGACUACUCCGGCCAGUUCCUCCACCCUGACGCCUGGGCCGGACGUGGUCGCAGUGCAUCCGCCAUCUCCUCCGAGGCCUCCGUCCAGAUGAACUCCUCCAACUACCCAGCCCUCCUCAAGUGUCCAGAGUAUGAACAAAUGUCCUCCUCGCCGUGCUGAGGCGGAGGUGUUUCAGUGGUUGUGUUAGCACUGUGCGGGUCCUAUUUAUCCAUCUGGAUUUUGGAGUCAAAUUCUCAGAUAAUUUAAUAUUAUCCUGCUUAAAUCGUUCCCUUCCUCGAGUGUCCUGACUUAGACCUAAUUCUCUACCCUCACCGCUGCAGAUUUCUUAUUCAUAAUUUCUGCUUCUGUUUGAAACCGAACUUAAGUUGUGGGUUGGAUAGUUCACUUUAUUCUGAGCUUUGUUUUGUUCUCGGGGAGAAAGGAAAGGGUUUAACCAGUCUGCUGUUUUUCUCUAGUUUUAAGCAGUGAACCUACUGAAAUAGUACUAGCGGAGUAGCCAGACCAGCCCGGAGUGAGCGUGUCUAGUAUUUUGCGUGUCUAGUAUUUGCUUGUAGUGUUACUACAAUCCUGAUAGCUUCUUGACAGGCGUACACACCACACGACUGCAGAUAAGGAGCGUUUACGACUGGAGAGCAACUCUGUGCGAUGGAUGUCAAGUCUGCAUGUUUCAGUCUGAGAGCUGAAACCCGUCAGUGAAAUCACUUUGAUGAUGAGACUCUACGUUUAGAAUGUUGAAUGUCAGAGUCACAGAAACGUUCCUCUAUUCAAGCAUUUGAUCACUGGACCAAUAGUGCAGACUUUAGUUUUGGAUUAAGUUUGGAACGAAAAUGUUAAAGUCCCGUCUGUGUUGUUUUGCCUCCGUUGGUGCAGAAAACGGCACUAGUCAUAUCUUACUGUCUCCUCAGACACAUGACAGCUGUUUCAGACUUCAAUAGGCAGAGUUUAUGAAACGCAUGAUGAAUGUGACUUCCAACCAUUCAAGCAGAUUAUUCCCAAGGAUUCCCAAAGCAGAUUUAAAAACAAACAGUUGCAGGUUGCAUAGAAGCCAUUAAGUCUGAUGUAGUGUGGGAUAACUGUAACGUUUUAACCUGCUACAAAAGCUUUCUUUUUCA